AUGUCAGCCAACAUCGACGCCAUAGCCUCUGGCUCCGAGGCUAUAGCCGGAAACCCCAAUAUCUCCUGGCCAACUGAGCGAGCAUCCCACAUUCCUUCAGAAUGGCACCCUUCCUCCCUAAGUCCCGGUCGCCGCCCCAGCAAUACCUCAUCCACCUCCUCCGACUCCGCAACCCGCGACACCGAUCCUUCAAAUUUCCCCGAUGGCAGUAAAUCCCUCGCAGGUAUCUCACUUCGAGCAUUCUGUCUCGGUACAUCCCUCGGAGUCGCAAGCACCGUGACGAUAUGUCUCGGCAUCCUCUCCCCAACUCCUUUUUGGCGCGUCCCGUUCUUCAUCGCUGCUCUGAGCCUCUUCCAUUUCCUCGAAUUCUAUAUCACGGCCUCGUAUAAUACCCCUUCGGCGGAUGUGAAGGCUUUCCUGUUAUCGAGUAAUGGGUGGGCGUAUAACGUUGCCCAUGGGGCUGCGAUGGUGGAAUGUCUCGUUUCGAGUUACUUUUGGCCUGGUGGCUCAGUGCUAGGUUAUUGGCUCUCGAUCUCGAUUCCUGUUUUUGGGAAUCAGGUCUCUGUGUCCCUGCUCUUAAUCCUGGGAUUUGUCCUUACGGUCUUGGGUCAGAUCGUCAGGUCUUUUGCGAUGGCCCAGGCCGCCAGCAACUUUAAUCACCAUGUGCAGUCGGAGCAUAGACAGGGUCAUGUCCUUGUUACGCAUGGAUUAUAUCGUAUCCUGAGACAUCCAAGUUACUUUGGGUUCUUUUGGUGGGGACUUGGGACGCAGUUGGUGCUUGGAAAUGUGGUUUGCUUCGUUGGGUAUUCCUUCGUGCUGUGGAAGUUCUUUAAUACGAGGAUUAAACGCGAGGAGGCCUUCUUGGUUCGGUUCUUCGGCGCUGAGUAUAUUCAGUACCGACAGGUGACGCCUGUUGGUAUCCCUGGAAUUCGGUGA